ACUGCUCCAACCUCUGAAGUAAUCAACUCCUCAUCAACAAAACUCCGAUAGAAAUUCAACAAAUCCGAAGUAAUUCCCAUCGAAUAAUCACGAAUGAACACUUAGCUGUUAAUAAAAGGAUACGAAGUAGACCAGAACAAACAGCACAGCUCCAGUAUCAAGGAGAGCUGCGGCAAACAACAACGGCUCCGAAAACAAGCCCAUUUUAUUUCAACUGAACCAAACGUAAAUAAUCACUAAAUAAUCACAGGAAAGUCCUCAGUCACACGGUCUGCACUCGCGGUAUUGUUUCACAUAAUUAAAAUUCACUCUCAUUGUUUAUAAAUCCGAAAAAACGUGGGGAACAGAACGAAAAAGUGCCGACAGUACCGACUGGACUGUCAGAGAGAUGAGUUGGUGUGGUGCCAACUGCGUCGUCAAUUUUCCCUAGGGUUCAUCAAUAAUGUCCCUAUCACAACAAUAUUCAACAUCAAAUUCAUUUGUGAUUGAUGCAUAAGUAAUUAAUAAUCAAGAAAAGAAUCUCAAAAUUUUCUCCAGAAUUUUCAAUCAGUGCAAUUGAUGUUUUUCUCACUCAAUUCUCGAAUUUUCAAUCAUGAAAAUAAGACGUGUCAUGUGCCACCUGCUGCGUAUGAUGUUUGUGUACUUCUAAGUUGCUGUGAUAAUCGAUAUCAUUGAAGAAUAACUUGUUAAACAGAAAUCGUGACUCAGGGAGUAGUAAAAUAGUUUGGGGUGUUGGAAUGUUUCGAGAGUCAGCGAAAAUUGUUGUCGACGAUGGACAGGCACCAUCGGCUCCAUUUGUUGUUAAUGUUUGGAUGGAGGACUUUCUGGAGAAGCUUAAGGUCCUUAAUUAUGAUACUGAAUUUGUCCAGGAGCUGAAGAUGAAGCCGAUCAAUAGGCAUUAUUUCGUCAUCCCAACGAACCCAGGAGAGCAGUUCUACAUGUUCACGACCCUGGCAGCCUGGUUAAUAAGAAAAUCGGGGAAGAAUUUCGAGUAUCCUCAGGAGUCUGAUGACCCGAAUUCAACGAUAGCAUUGAUCCUGGACUACUUGAGGGGGACAGGUGUGCCCGUUGAGUUUCCCCCCAAUAAAUUGAAGCAGGGGGUGGGCGAGCACGCUAUCUACGUGCUAGACCAUCUGGCUGAUCAGGCGAUCAAGGUCUCUGGUUUCAAAUGGAAGAAAGCUGAGAUUCCACCGGAUGAUCCCAACCAGGAGCCAGAGAUCGAGGAGGACGAGGCUGAACUGAUCCUCGAGAAAGUGGAGGAAGAGAUGAUGGCGGAGUACGAUGAGGAGGAUGAUGAUGUUCUCCAUAUCGAUGAUAUCACGAAACUUUAUGGAGCGGCUAUGGAUGAUGUUCAGAAGCCGGAAAAUAUUUUAGAGUCUCAGACCGAUACAGAAGAGUGGAAAAUGGAGCUGGAACGAGUUCUUCCUCAAUUGAAAGUUACGAUUAAAACAGAUUCUCGAGAUUGGCGUGCCCACCUGGAGCAAAUGAAGCAAUUACGAGCCAACAUAUCCACAGGACUGAAUGGCACCAAAAGCCAACUAGAUAAAUUGCAAUCGGACAUUGGGAACACUUUAGAUAAAAUAAGAAUGCGGGAAAUGUACCUGAAUAGACAAUUGGAGCCAACGUUGAACGAAUUUCGAGUACUUCAAGAAGAACUAUCGAAAGUUAAAGAGCAUUACAGAGAAGUCAGUGGUGGUGUAACCGAGAGAACUCGAACUUUGAACAAAUUAACUGAGGAAUUGGAGCAAGUGAAGAAGGAAAUGGACGAGCGAGGGUCCAGUAUGACCGAUGGAACGCCCUUGGUAAAUAUAAAGAAGAGUAUAACGAAAAUGAAGGCCGAAAUUUCGGAGAUGAGUGUUAGAAUUGGGGUUUUGGAGUACAGUUUAAUGUGCGCAAGAAUUCGGGAUAGAACGCAACUGCAAGAGGACAUGAACAGUAGUAAUUCCAGUUUAUUAAUUAAAUGAAUUGAUGAAUUAUAAAGAAAAUACAAAAAUCAUGUGAAUGCAUGCGUCCACAGUGUGAUAACAAUAGAAUAAAUGUAAAAUGAAUUGUUGUAAUUCUUUAAAGAGAAGUAUUACCGUAUUCUAGUCAAAUAAUCCAAUAAUUUCCGACGACAGAAAAUGUAAAUCAUUACA